AUAUGGUAGUCUAAGAGAUUGGGCUCCAAUAAGGUUAAAUUUAGCCACAAAUUUAGUAGAAAAGGCUAUCUCACGAAAAAUUUUGGCAAAAAAGAUAUUUAAUUCAGGAUAUGAUUGUGGAAAUUUAAUACAGACUUCACCUAAUUUCGACUAAAAAUGUUUUCUGGAUAUUUUAUGACUUUGAACUCAAAAAUAAUGCUAAAAUCCUAAAAUUUCUGGAAAUAUGGAGCUGAUCCAUUCAAAUUCUUAAAUAUCUCUAAAUUAUAGAUUUGGCUAUAAGUCUGAAGACUUCAGAGUUCACCAUAUUGUCUAUAUUUUGUAAAAUAAUUAACAUAGAUUUUUCCAUCCCAAAUACAUUGGCAUUCCAUAGAUAUCAAACAUGGGCUUUUUGGAAUCAGAGUAUUCACACUCAAAAAAAUUACCUUAAACAGAUGAGUAGAUAGAGUGAAUUUGAACUAAAUUUGAUGAAAAUCUAGUUGUAGUCUACUAAACUUGUUGGAUCUUAUUCUUAAUUCUUAGAGAAUUGUAGCAGCAAGGACUUAGCGUAAGACUUAAAAGAGGGAAAGCUCCUUGCAGCUCUUCAAUCCAUAUAUAUCCAUUGAAAUCUGUUGAAAAAAUUCAAAAUAUUGUUAGUUUUCUCUUAAGAGCUCUCCGAAAUUUUCUACAUGCGAAAUUUUUAGCUGAAAAAUCUUUUGCUACAUGGGAGAACGAAUAUAUAAAAGAAUCAAAAUUAUUUGAUAAUAAUUUUUAAGAUGGACUUAACUACCAAAUUUUGAGACUCAAGCUUAAUGCUCCUUCCAAUGUGGGACUAUGCCACGCUGAUUCACCAUCUGAGUACAUCAUAUUGAGUAUGUCUUGGAGACCACUUGAUCGCACAGACUCAGGCUUGUCAAGUUCCUUUUGUAGAACAAUGAAAAGUAAAUUUUAUUAAGCACAAAGAAGCCAAUGGCUCUAGGAAAUCACUACAAAAGAAAACCAAAAGACUUAGGAAGAGAGAAAAUAAUCAAAAAGAGAGUGUCGAGUUGGUGAAUGAGGUGGCACAACCUAGGAUGAAUCAGAAUGAGGAUAGAAUUGGAGUUAACAAAGAAAUAGCUAAACUUGAAGAUGAAAUCAUUAAGAGAGAAAGCCGUUCUUCAAAACUAAAUAUAAAUCCAAGACUUAUUCAAUUUAGAAAGUAUUUGCUCAGAUAUAAAGUACCUGGAUUAACCAAAAGAAUCAAAAACACAAAACAAAUUACAGACAAAUACCUUGGAAGAAGAUCUAAAUACAUCGGAGUAUCAAAGAACAACAUCCAUUGGCAAGCCUUGAUCAAUGUUAACCGCGCCAAGAAGUACAUCGGUACCUUCUGAGACGAAAUCGAAGCUGCUCGUGCCUACGACCUCCAUGCAAUUGCUAUGCAAGGCAAAAAGGCCAAACUAAACUUCGACUAUACACCCAAAGAGAUACUCUCAGUUAUCGACCACUAUCUAAACCUCCACAAACCCAGUCCUAACCCUCCUAAUCUUCCUUCUAACCCCCUCUCCUACUCCUCUCCAUGCACCAAAUCUGCCUAAGC